GCAAACUGACCAAGACAUCACUUUUGUAAAAAGAAAGAGUCUCAAAAUCUUGAUAUAAAUUACUAUAUCCUAUUGAUGAAUAAGAGAACAAGAGAUAUCAAGAAAAUGGAUACAAAUGAAUCAAAACAUGAUAGAAAAAGUGAGUUAAAAGCCUUUGAUGACACAAAAUCUGGUGUCAAAGGACUUGUUGAUGCAGGAGUAAAUAAAGUCCCUCAGAUAUUCAUUUCACCUCCAGAUACACACUCAAAUUCCACCACAGGACAGUUCAUAUUUCCAGUCAUAGACCUCCAAGACAUUGAUAGUCAUGAUCAAAUCAAUCGAAAAGAACUCAUUGAGAAAGUCCGCGAUGCAUCAGAGACAUGGGGUUUCUUCCAAGUGAUCAAUCAUGGCGUUCCAUGUGAUGUUAUGGCAGAAAUGAUUCGAGGUGUUUGUAGUUUUCAUGAACAAGAUAAUGAUAUCAAGAAACAAUGGUAUACGCGAGAGUUUACUAAAAGAGUUGUUUACAAUAGUAAUUUUGAUUUGUAUAGUGCACCAGCAACUAAUUGGAGGGAUACUUUUUCCUGCAUUAUGGCUCCUAAUCCUCCUAGUCCUGAAGAAUGGCCUCCAAUCUGUAGGGAUAUCAUUGUUAAAUACUCUGAGGAAGUGAAGAAACUCGGGCGUUCUUUGUUUGAACUAUUAGCAGAAGCACUUGGUCUCAAUAGAAACUAUCUCAAUGACAUGGAUUGUGAUAAAGGACUGUCAGUUGCAUGUCACUAUUAUCCAGCUUGUCCAGAACCAGAACUUACCUUAGGUGCUAGUAAACAUGCUGAUGACGGAUUCUUGACUUUGCUUCUUCAAGACCAUAUAGGGGGAUUGCAAGUUCUUCAUCGAAAUCAUUGGGUUGAUGUCCCUCCUACCCCUGGUGCUCUUGUUGUAAAUAUCGCAGAUCUUCUGCAGUUAAUAUCAAAUGACAAGUUUAAAAGCGUUGAACAUCGCGUACUGGCAAAUCGUGUUGGUCCUAGGAUAUCGAUAGCAUGCUUCUUCUCCACAUUUUUCCUAGCAUCGUCAAGACUUUAUGGUCCUAUUAAGGAGUUGUUAUCAGAAGAAAAUCCAUCAAAAUACAGAGAAACAACAAUUCAGGAAUAUGCUGCCUAUUUUACUGCAAAGGGACUUGAUGGGACUUCUGCUCUACAACAUUUUCGACUUUAAACUAUCUUUUCAUUUGUCUCUUCAUGCUGCUUAUUCAAAGUAAAUAGAUGUUAUAUUGUAACACAUAUUAGUAUAGAUAAUCACUAUUUAUGCAUUGUAAUCUUCAAGUUAUAAAGAAUCUCAUAAGUUACUUUCUUGGUUA